CUUGGCCUGGAGUUUUGUGAAGUACUAGGUUGCUUUAUGGAAGAAGGCUGCUCUCAUUUAGGCUGAAACCGCUGGAUUCAGACUUGUUGAUGGUCAUCGAGCUGAUCCAGAGGGGGCCAAGCUGGCAAAGGCGCGGAUCAAGAGAACUGUGAAAAGGAAAGAGAGUUUCUCCCCGUCGGGCUGAGUAAACAGACAAAGGAUUUUACGACAAAGUUGGAGGGACGAGAGUUAAAGAAACUUUCCAGGUUGUUCUUUUGUUGUUUUGCUAGUUUUAAGGAAACGUGGAGAGAAAACCCGGCCACCAUCUGAGGGGGCAGGAGGAAGAGUUUCGAGACUUCUUCUCUCUUUAGAAUGAAGUUGGAAACACAACCCCCAGGCUAUCAGUGGAGUUUUGCAAGAGGACAAUGUGUAUGAGAACAUGCAGGAAUCACAGGAAGUCCCCAUGUCCAGCCACCUUGACGAAGUCGUUGCUGCUGUCAGCGUCACUUCUAAAAAGAGGACCCCCAACAAGCUGCCUCAGACAGCACUGUUCCAGCCCCCUCGAGAGAAACUCCACCUGUGCGAAGAGAGAGCAAAGUCCUACUCCAACAGCCAUGAGUACAAACAGGCCAUCCAGGAGCUUGUGCGCUGUGUGGCAUUGACAAGAAUUUGCUAUGGUGACUCACACUGGAAACUAGCAGAAGCCUACAUUAAUCUGGCUCAAGGCUACCUCCAGCUGAAAGGGCUGUCACUACAAGCAAAGCAACAUGCCGAAAAAGCCAAAGAAAUCCUGGCCAGCUCCAUUGAGAAUCCCUAUCACGACAAUACAGCCAUCUUCAAGUGUUCCAUAGAGCUUUUCUAUACCAUGGGCAGAGCCCUGCUCGCCCUUCAGAAAUUUAAAGAAGCCUCCGAGAACUUGAUAAAAGCUGAGAAACUUUCCAAGGAGAUGCUGCAGUGUGGGAACAUUAUAAAGGAGGAGUGGGUAGAAAUCCAAGCGCGGAUCAAGUUGUCCUUUGCACAGCUGUAUCAAGGUCAGAAAAGAUCAAAAGAAGCUUUGCCCUUCUAUCAAAAGGCUUUGGAGUAUACUGAGACCGUCAGAGAUGAAAAAAGUCUCGACUGUGUACCAGUCCUAAGGGAACUGGCAGGCGUGGAGCAAGCCCUGGGAUUCCACGAUGCUGCUGUCAAUCAUUUCUCACAGGCACAUCUCAUCGUCCUGAGUAAAAAUCCCUCCCCAGAGGAGGCCGCAGACUCUGCACACUUUAUUGCCCGGGCUGCUGUUGCUUCUGGGAAGCAGGACCACCACGCUAACAUGAGAGAAGGCCAUAGCUACAACCAUGAAAACCAGCAUGAGGUGCUUAAUAAACAUGUGGCCGAGCAGUAUUUUCAGGAAAGCAUGACUCAUAUGAAGGAUUCCGAAGGAGCAGGAAGAACCAAGUUCCUUUCGAUUCAAGAUGAAUUUUGCAAUUUUCUGCAAAUCACUGGACAAAAAGAAAGAGCAACCAUGAUCCUGAGAGAGUCCCUGGAAGCCAAAGUAGGAGCAUUUGGUGACUUCAGUCCUGAGGUGGCAGAAACAUACCGGGUCCUGGGCAGGGCAGAGCUGGCACAGGGCAACCACAACGGAGCAUACACGAAACUGAAGAAGGGACUUAGGGGCCAGGGAGAAGAGAUCUCAAGCACCAAAGAGUGUGUUCAGAUUGAGACGUUCUUAUAUGGAUCGCAGGACAAGAGGACCCUGGCCACCCAGCAGACCAUAGACACACUGUCCAAGAUCUCUGAGGCUGCCCCCAAGCCAAGGCAAACCCUGAAAGCCAAGGCAGCAUUCUGCACCAGUGUUCCUCAGUACACUGUGCCGGGGAAGGCCAGGCACAGUGUGGCAGACUGAUUCCACCCCACCCCGCCCCCGCCGCCACAAUGUGCCCCAAAGAAAGCUUUCAGAAAGACUUGGCACUGCCUUUAGGAUGCUCUCCAACUAGAAGGUGGAAUUUAUCAGUCACUGCAGAUUUUUAAGGCUGUUUGCUCUAGCAUGCCACAGCCGUACCAUGAAUCGUCCGCGUCUCCACUGUGGACGGACGGCCUUCAGGGUGAUCUGGUGCCUUGGUUAUUUUUAUUUGUAUCACUUUGGUUGUUUCUCUCACCAAGGAGAAUUUCCUGUCAUCUCUCCUGUGCCUGACUGCUCCAGAGGUGGGGCUUCCCUGCAGGAGAGAGACUGCCGCUGAUGGCAGGCAGAACCGCCCCUGGAGCAGGGAGACUGCACACAGCCUUCCUUGUAGGAAACUAAUAGGAACUGAGAAGAAAGACCAAUAAAGAGAAACUUUUAUUCUU